UUUCAGCUUACCGUAUGGACUUCAAAAAAUGGAGCUCAAGGGGUGAGAAUAAAGAGAAGAUGGAAAACAGGAAACGACAAAUCCAAGAAGAUUUUAAAAAAGAAAAAGGCUUGCUUGUUGAUAUUGUUAAACAAGGAGCAGGCACCACAAAUGACGGAAACACUGCCAGACGAUUUUUUAGUGAUGCAAAAACAUCGGCUCGCAUCACUGGGGUAGAUGAAGAGUUGAUAGAAAGGUUUCACAUAAUCUUGCAAACUGUGGCUUCUGGUGAGAGAAUAGAUCUCACAAAAUUCUCCGAAUUUUGUAAAAAUACAGCAACUUUAUACGUCCAAUUAUAUCCGUGGUACUACAUGCCCUCUAGUGUACAUAAGUUGCUAAUGCAUGGCGCGGAUAUAAUUGAGUAUUUUGGCAUGUUACCAAUCGGGAACUUAUCGGAAGAGGCAUCAGAAGCUCGCAACAAAGAUUUUCGAAAAUAUCGAGAGAACCAUUCCAGAAAAGUUAGUAGGACAGCGACAAAUGAAGAUAUUUUACAUAAUCUUCUCUUGUCUUCAGAUCCAAAACUGACUUCUCUGAGGCCAAGAAUGGCUAAACAUCAGAAAAUGGUUCUUUCACCAAGAGCAGUAGAGCUUUUGAUGUCUUUUCCAAAUGAGCCUGAACUAGAUUUUAUAGAUAUUAAUAAUUUACAAGAUAGUGAUAGUGAUUAA